GAAAAAUACGAAGAUGCGUAUGCUUUUACUCGAAAAGAAGUAGAAGAACUCAAAGGAAAAGGAGAGGAAAAUGAAAUCUUUGAAACCAUCAUAAAAAAAUAUAAAUAUUUAGAGAAUAACUACGAUUUUAUCUUGGUGGAGGGGACGGAUUUUUUUAAUGAAGUUAAUUCGUUUGAAUUUGAUUUGAAUAGAGAGAUUGCUCAAAAUUUAAACAUUCCCGUUAUUUUGGUUUUAAAUUCAAAAAGAUAUAAAACCGAAGAUAGUUUAAUAAAAAAUACCUCUUUGGAAAUCGAAUCCUAUACCGAAAAAAAUAUAAAGGUUAUUUCUGUCAUAGCGAAUAAAUUCAAAGGAGAUAAAGAUAAAUUUAUUCAUGAAAUAAAACAAAAGCACCCCGAUUAUUUAGUUUCAACCCUUCCUAUAGAGCCGAUUUUAAGCAAACCCACCGUAGGAGAAGUCGCUCAGGAAUUAAAUGCGAAAAUUUUAAUGGGAAGUACACACCUUUCUACUAUCAUGGGGAAAAGUAUUGUGGGAGCAAUGCAAAUGCGAAAUUUCUUGGAACGACUCUCGGAGAAUUGUUUAGUAAUUACUCCCGGCGACCGUGCGGAUUUAAUCGUCGGGACGAUGCUUGCCAAUAUUUCUGCCAAUUAUACCAAAGUUGCAGGAAUUGUUCUUACCGGAGAUUAUUAUCCGGAAGAAUCAGUCGUUCGAUUAAUAGAAGGAAUACAUCCGCAUUUGCCGGUGAUGAUAGUAAAAACGGGAACUUUUGAAACGGCUAAUAAGGUAGGUUCUAACAAAUCCAAAAUAUAUCCUACCAGUACCGCAAAAAUAAAAAUAGCUCUUGAACUUUUCGAUAAAAAUGUAGAUACCGAUGAAUUGGAUGCCAUCAUUACCAACUAUCAAUCUACGCAAAUUACCCCUCGUAUGUUUCAGUACAAUAUGAUGGAGCAAGCCUAUAAAAUUCAAAAAAGAAUCGUAUUACCGGAAGGAACCGAUGAUAGGAUUUUACGAGCCGCUUCCAUGUUGGCAGAAGAUAAAGUGGUAUAUUUAACGAUUUUAGGAGAAGAGAAAAAAAUAAAAUCUCAGGUAAAUUUAUUAGGAUUGUAUUGGGAUGAAGAACGAAUUAAAAUCAUCAACCCAAGUACCUCUUCCUAUUUGGAUGAUUUUUCUGAAACGUUGUAUCAUUUACGAAAAGAAAAGGGUAUGCAACUCGCCCAAGCAAGGGAUUUAAUGCACGAUGUGUCCUAUUUCGGCACGAUGAUGGUCUAUAAAGGAUUAGCGGACGGAAUGGUUUCCGGGGCAAUUAAUACUACUCAGCAUACCAUUCGAACUUCCGGACAAGGGGAAGAAGUAGAAAAAGUUCGCUUAGCCACCGAAAAAGUAAAACAACAACGCCCCGAUUUAUUGAUAGAAGGACCCAUCCAAUACGAUGCUGCCGUAGAUCCAAAAGUAGGUAAGCAAAAAUUGCCCGAUUCGGAAGUGGCCGGACAAGCCAAUGUACUUAUUUUUCCUGAUUUGAAUACCGGAAAUAAUACCUACAAAGCUGUGCAAAGAGAAACAGGUGCUUUAGCCAUCGGUCCCGUUUUACAAGGUUUAAACAAACCGGUAAACGAUUUAAGUCGAGGAGCUACCGUAGAUGACAUCUACAACACC